AAAAAUUAGCCGGGUGCACGUGACGUGAGCGAAAACUGGUUAGAAUAGGCACUAUCUAAAGCAUCAACAUGGCAGGCGCAGGCACACCGAACAACAGCGAGGAGAUUCGACAGAAAAUCGAGGAUAACAAGGAAAACAUUGAGGAACUUCGGCGGAAAUUCUUUGAAGAGAAUGCCCAAGAUGACCCAGACUUUGACCCAAGGGAUUUUGACUGGAUCCGUAGCUCUGACGCCUACAUGUACCAUGUCCUUCUCAUCGGUCAGAUGAACCUCGAUACAGCUCUAGAUAAACUCACCAGGAUCUUAAAAUGGAGGAAAGAAUAUGGAGUGAAUGAUUUGACCCUUGACUCCUUCCCCGAGGAUCUCCGGGAAAUGGGAGGCGUAUAUCCUCAUGCAACAGACAAGAAUGGACAUCGUAUCUUAUGGUACCGGGUCAAGACCUACCAGAAGGGUCCAGAGAACCAGAUGUGGGCCAAGAAGAUGACCGUCUACUGGCUCAACAAACUCCAGAAAGAAGAUCCAGAGCACAGGAUAGUGGUCCUAGAAGAUAUGUCGGGUGCAGGGGUCUCUAAUAUGGAUAUAGAUUUGGUUCGAUUCAAGAUUCAGUGCUUUGAGCUUUACUUUCCAGCUCUUGUAGAGAUGCUGUAUAUCUAUGACAUGCCAUGGAUACUUAAUACUUUGUGGAGGAUCGUUGAGAGGUUGCUGUCCCAGCAGGCUAGAGAUCAUAUCAAGUUUAUCCGAGGGAAGGAGGUCCAGACGUACAUCGCUACAGACUCAUUACCAGCACAUAUGGGUGGCACAGAUCCCUAUGAGUGGGUCUUCAUCCCAGAGUUGAACGAGAUGGAGGAUGCGGAGGGGGAGGAGGAGGAGGAGGAGGAGCAGGAUGAAGAGAGAGAAGAGGAGAGGAACGGUGGUGAUGUGUCUUUCAGGUCAGUCAACGGGGAUGCUGAUCCUUCUCUCCUACCCAUCGUCAAUGCAGCUAGAUCACUCAGACAACCCAGGCAACACAAGAAGGUUCACUUUCAAGAUGAGGAUGAUGGCAAGGAGAAUGUCGAUCCAGAUCAUUCAUCCUCAGAUAGAAAACCCCAGCGAAAAGUUGGCAGCCACCAUAAAAGAGGAAAAAAUAAGGAGACUCAUGUUGGACCAUUAGUGACCAUUAGGCCGGGUGAAUUUCUAGUCUUUGAACCUCCUGCUAGUAUAUCAGGUUCAGAGGGUAUCUCGGCAAGCUUAACCAUCACUAACACCACAGCUAAGAAGGUCGUUUACAAGAUGAAGAUAACCAAUCCAGAGAGAUAUAAAGUAAGACCCAGCAUAGGACCUAUUAAUCCUGGUGCAUCAAUACACAUCACUAUCACACUACUCUCAGGUCCAGGAGAGUGUGUGGUGAGAGACAAGUUCCUGCUCAUGAGCAGCGAUCCAGGGGAUUUAUCGUUCAAAACCAACUCAGAGAUCAUCUACUACUGGAAGAACGUCAAAACAGAAGAUAUCAUUGAGCAUAGGAUGAGCUGUAUAUUCAAUCCCUUGAUGACCAAAAAAGGAGAACCAUUGCAACAGACUGACAAGAACAUGCAGACUGUCCUAAAUAAGUUAAAAUCCAUGGAAGAGCAGAUGUGCGAGUUAAGGAGAGAGAAUUCCAAGAUGAUUUGGUUACAACGUCUUCUCUUCCUCAUCAUCACGUUAGUCUUCCUCUACACCUUCAUCUUCAAACCCACGAGGGCGCUGUGCUGACUCCAGCUCCUUCAUCACCUUGCAUCGAGGCCACCGAGAAUUCUUACGAGGAGCAAGAGAGGGCUUGUAAUCGAAAAAGAUCUUAAAGUUGACCUUUGUUAUUGAACUAAUUCAAAGAGAGUGGGAAUGAAAGUGAGAAUGAAUGUUUGAAAGGAUGGAAGGAGAUUCAUAGUGAGAGAGGAAAAUAGAAUGAAAGGGAAAAAGAGAGAUUGUAAUGCCAAGUUCUAUAACUGAGUGUUAAAUGUACCCAGAAACAAGCCCUUUACAUCGGUCAACAAAGAAAAAAACAUUCUCCCACUUUGUAGGAGUUUUUGAGCCGGCACUCUGAAAAGUUGUUUUUAAUUUUUGGAGGUCUUAUUUCAUUUCACUGAAAAGGCGGGACAAACAAGUAUUUUGCAAUGCAAUCUGUAAAUCAUUGUACCAUGUUUGUAUUUCUCAAUAUUCAACUGCAUAUUGAACUCUUUAAAUAUAUGCAGUGCCAGCUUAAUUCUUGGAUUGCAGAGAUGUCAGUUUUCAGUCUUUUACCCCAAAUCAGGCUUAAUCGCCUCCCCUUUUUAGGCCAGUUCAGAAUGAACAUCGACAGAAAACUUAGGAUUUUGACACAUCUGUAUCUCCUUUCGGGCUCAUUUUGAGCCAGAUGUGAUCUUUGAAAGAUUUGGUCUUAAAUUUUUCUUUGUAAAAGGGGCAACCGGUUUGAUAAAACAUGAGAUAACUUGGGAUGUCAUCUAUCCUUCUAUCUAUGUCCCAUAGCUUGCAGGCCUUUGGGGCAACAAUGAAAUGGACUUUGAGACACAGGUUCUCCAUAACUUCCUGUCUUCAGCUGUUCUCGUUGGUUGCUCAGAUGAUAUGCCCGUCCACUGCUUGAUGUUAUUAGUCCAUGGGGGUGUUUCACAAAGACUAAGAUUUACUUUUAAGUUGGACUUAGCUAUGGCAAGCUGUUCAUGCCACUAUUUUCUCUCAUCAUUU